CACAACACUAUAUAUUUAACAUGUUUGUUUUAAAUUGGAUUUGAUGAAUAUGUUUCAUAAUUAAAUUUGUUUUCUGUUGGUAGAGAUUGACUAAUACGCUUUUGUUUACAUAUAAAAUUAUUCAAGUCAGUUCAAACCAAAACUUAUUAAAAACAAUUUAAAAUGGAAAAACCUUUGCAAUUUGACGUGAUUGCCACCUGCAGUACUUCACGAGCUCGUACUAGUUUAAUGAAAUUACCACAUUAUACAGUAGAAACACCAGUGUUUAUGCCUGUUGGUACCAAAGGAUCUAUUAAAUCUGUUUUACCAGAACAGCUGGAAGAUAUGAACUGUCAAAUUAUUCUAGGAAACACUUAUCACUUGGGAUUACGUCCUGGAGUUGAGUUAUUGAAAAAAGCCAAAGGACUUCAUAAUUUUAUGGGUUGGAAACGUGCUCUACUCACUGAUUCUGGAGGCUUUCAAAUGGUCUCAUUGUUACAUAUGGCUGAUAUUAAUGAACAGGGUGUUAAUUUUGAAUCACCUUAUGAUGGUACAAAAAGCUUGUUAACUCCUGAGAAGUCUAUUCAAAUACAAAAUGCAAUUGGUGCAGAUAUAAUAAUGCAGUUAGAUGAUGUCGUGCCAACUACCUCAAAAGACAACGAAAGAAUGGAAGAAGCUACAUACAGGACAACACGUUGGUUAGAUCGUUGUUUAAGUGCUCAUGAAAGACCUAAUGAACAAAAUAUAUUUCCUAUUGUUCAAGGAGGUCUUAUUGAAGAUUUAAGAAAGUUAAGUGCAAAUUUACAUUUAGAAAGAAAAGUAAAUGGUUAUGCUAUAGGUGGUCUUAGUGGUGGGGAAGCUAAAGAAGAUUUCUGGAAAAUGGUUCUUCUUUCUACUCAAAUGUUACCUGGAGAUAAACCUAAAUAUGUGAUGGGAGUCGGAUUUGCAGUAGAUUUAGUAAUUUGUUCUGCUUUAGGAGCUGACAUGUUUGACUGUGUAUUUCCAACAAGAACAGCUCGGUUUGGUUGUGCAUUAACUUCAAAUGGUCAAAUUAGUUUAAGACAAAAAAAGUUUCAAAUGGAUUUUGGACCAAUUGAAAAAAAUUGUAUCUGUUCAACAUGUAAGACAUAUACUCGAGCAUACAUACAUCAGAUUGUUAGUACUGAAGCUGUUUCUUGCAGUUUAUUAUCAGUGCAUAAUCUUAAUUAUCAAAUGCAGUUGAUGAAAGGCAUUAGAGAAAGCAUUAAGGUAAACAAAUUUCCGGAAUUUGUCCAGCAAUUUAUGGUUGAUAUGUAUCCAGAUAAUAAUUAUCCACAGUGGUGUAUUGAUGCACUACAAUCAGUGAAUAUAGAACUAAAAUAAAAAUAAACAUUGCAAGCACUUAGUUCUAUAAACUGUACAAUAUUAUUUAAUUUCAUAAUUUUCAUUAAUUGAAAAUUAACACACUAACUACCA